GGGAGCUGCGGGCUUUGAUGGUGGUUGUCAUUGUGUCACGAGAAGCUUCCCCCAAAGCAUCUCUUCAACUCCUCGGAAGUGAAAAGCUAUCGCAUCGAGGCCAAUUGAACUUCAACGGCCGACACAAUGCGUUGGGGAGAGCUUGCACUGACGGCCCUCGUCUCAGCGACUGCUGUCUCGGCUGCCGGUCGUAGCUUGCGCCAUGCCGGCAAGCAGUUCGAGGAGCGAGCAAAGAGGAAUGCGAGGCCUAUUGGAGAACAACUUCAUCGCGAAUACUCGGAGCGCGACGUGGUUGAGCCCUUGUUCCUGAACGCGAACACCUCGAAAUUCGCCGUCAAUGGCUCCAACAUCCCCGAUGUCGACUUCGACGUUGGCGAGUCGUAUGCGGGCCUGCUCCCCAUCACUGACGACCCGGACGAUGAGAACAAGCUAUUCUUCUGGUUCUUCCCGUCUACCAAUCCUGCGGCCGAGAAGGAGAUCUUGAUAUGGCUCAACGGUGGUCCUGGUUGCUCCUCGUUCGAGGGCUUGCUCCAAGAAAACGGGCCCUUCCUUUGGCAAUACGGAACCUACAAGCCAGUGGAGAACCCAUGGGCUUGGAAUAAGCUCACAAAUGUGAUUUGGGUUGAGCAACCAGUCGGCACUGGCUUCUCUACUGGGACUCCUACGGCUAGGAACGAGGAAGACAUCGCCGCCCAGUUCAAGGGUUUCUGGAAGAACUUCGUCAAGACGUUCGAAAUGCAGGGGUUUAAGGUCUACAUUGCCGGAGAGUCAUAUGCUGGAGCGUACUGCCCGUACAUAGCCAGCGGCUUCCUCGAUGAGGAGGACACGACUUACUUUGACCUGUCGGGCAUGCUGAUCUACGACCCGGUCAUCACAUGGGACGAGGUCCAAGAGCCCAUCACCAUCGUGCCGUUCGUCGACUACUGGGGCGGCCUCUUCCCCUUCAACGACACCUUCCGCGAACACAUCCACGCCCAGGACAAGGCCUGCGGCUACACCGAUUGGGUGAACGAGUACCUCGUCUACCCACCCAAGGGCCACAUCCCGAUGCCGCUGCCCGGCACGCACCCCAACGGCACCACCAAGGACGAGUGCUGGAACCUCUACUGGGACAUUUUCGACGCCAUCAGCGCCAUCAACCCGUGCUUCGACAUCUACCAGGUCGCCACCACCUGCCCGCUGCUCUGGGACGUCCUCGGCUUCCCCGGCUCGAUGCCCUACCUCCCCGAUGACGCGACCGUCUACUUCGACCGCGCCGACGUCAAGGCCGCCAUCAACGCGCCCCCGGUGAAGUGGGAGGAGUGCUCGUCCGACGACGUCUUCGUCGGCGGCGUCGACGGCAGCCUCCCCUCGGGCAUAACCGUCCUCCCCAGCGUCAUCGAGCGCACCUCCAACGUCCUCAUCGGCCAGGGCGCCCUGGACAUGAUCCUCCUCACCAACGGCACCCUGCUGGGCAUCCAGAACAUGACCUGGGCCAACCAGACGGGCUUCCAGUCGCGGCCGGACGGGCCCUUCUACGUGCCCUACCACGCCGAGGCCUCGCUCGGCACCAUCGCCGGGUCCGGCGUCUUCGGCACCGCCCACACCGAGCGGGGGCUCACCUUCGUCCACGUCGACCUCGCCGGCCACAUGGUCCCGCAGUACGCCCCCGCCGCCGCCUUCCGCCACCUCGAGUUCCUGCUCGGCCGCGUCGACAGCCUCGCCAGCACCGAGCCCUUCACCACCGACGCCCACACCGCCCAGAGCGCCGGCCCGCUCGGCCUGGGCACCGCGCCGCAGGGGUGGAGCGACCUGACGGAGGGGGGGUCUUGCAAGAAGAAGAGGGGUAAUAGCAUGAGGAGGUUGAGGAAGUAGUGUCGUUGGUUCAGGUAGUUAGAAGAUGGAGCACGAGAGCGAAGGCGGAAUGCCUGGUGAAGACAGGUGCAGAGUCGGGCUCGAGCAAACCGACCGACGCGUUAGCAUAAGUGAGAAAGAUACCUAGGUGGAGAAUAGCUUCA